AUGAAUUCUUGGGAAAUAAGAAUAUUAAUAUUGAUGAAAGUGAUAAAACUAAUUUUUUUUGAUGUAUGCAAAAGAAUAAAUGAAUAUUUCAAGUAUUUUUUAAUAAAAGACACUUCACGUGUCAGAAUUAAUGAAAGCGAAGAAAGUAUAUUUAAUUAUUUUAAGGAAUAUAUUGAUUAUAAUAAAUCAGAUAAUAUAUAUAAUAAAUGUAUAUCAGAAAUAAAAUAUAUUGAAAGGAAAUUUUUUUCAACAAUAGGAAACCUAUAUGAUAUAUAUGAUGCAUAUGAGACUGUUAUUCAAGCAAUUAGUUCUAAUUUUGUGGAUUCAUUAAUAUGUGAAAAAAUAGAGAAUUUAUUUGAUAAUUAUAAUAAAAUAAUAGAGAUUGAUAUAAUAAAAGACGAUAAUUUUUUUCUCAAUGAAUUAUAUAAUAUCAGAUGCUUAAUUGAAAAUAAUGAAUGGGUAUCUAAAUAUAACUGCCCCCCAAAGUUACCUGCACUGUCUAAUGUGUAUGGUUCUAUAACUUACACAAAAACAAGCAAUGUAUUUACAGACUUUGGCAAGUAUUUUCGUCUUCAUAUCGAGAGAAAAAGGAGAAAGAUGAAGUAUUUAAUGAACAAAUCAUAUGAACACCAAAUGUGGAAACCUGAGAAUCAUAACCCAUUUUCUGGAGAAAAAAAGUAUAAUAUAUAUAUCUAG